AUGUUCGGUAACCGCAUCCUCGCAGUCGUAGCUGGUCUUGCAGCGCUCCCCACGGCCCUCGGCUGCUUGGGCUACGAGGGAGGCCUUCCAACUCCUACCUCAACGAAGAAGAUUUCUGCUCCGAUUUAUGUUCGAUCUGGUCAAGUCUUUGAUGGAGGCUGGGCCAAGUACGACAGAAGCCCCACGUCUUGCAAUGGGCAGCAAGAGGGAGGCGAGAAAGACACUGCAUUCGUUCUCGAGAAGGGUGCCACACUCCGAAACGUAAUCAUCGGCAAGACCGCCGGCGAAGGCGUAUACUGCCUCGGAGGUGGUUGCAACAUCGAGUUCGUGUGGUUCGAGGAUGUUUGUGAGGAUGCUAUCUCGAUCAAAGAAGACAAGGCCGGCGACGUGACAUGGAUCGUCGGUGGAGGUGCUUACCACGCUUCCGACAAGAUCAUCCAGCACAACGGCUGCGGAAAGGUCAAUAUCAUCAACUUCUAUGCUGAAGACUAUGGAAAGGUCUACCGGUCUUGCGGAACUUGCCAGAAGUGUGCGCGUGAAGUUUACGUCGAGGGAGUCACUGCCCGCAAGGGCGGUGAAGUUGUUGGAAUCACCAAAGCCAACGGCGACAAGGCAACUCUCAAGAACGUCUGCACUGACGCGAAGACGCCCUGCCAGAACUACAGCGGUCCCGGUGUCAAGGACGGCGCCUGUUAA